AUGGCAUAUCUCGAAGGGCCUGCGUCCUCGAAUCCUCCUCGAAUCCUCCCCGUGUCUACCCGUUCAACUGGGAAGAAGCGAAUGAAAGCAUGGGGUCUCCUGACAGGCCUGACAUCCAUGUCCGCGUGGGAUCUGUGGCUUUCCAGUUACCCUGUAAACAUGUACCGAAUCGAAGGAUAA